UAGGUAGGGGCUGGGCUGGCUCUGCGGCCAGAGAUGCUGAGGGGCCGCGACGGCGCUCUGCAGCCGGGAGCACUGCAUUAAAAACACCGAGGUGGGGUGUGCUGCCAGGCCGGUGGUAGGUAAAGUGAAUUCUACGGAUGGAAGAGUUUGAUGACACAGACCACUGAAUUUCUUUGUUUGGAGUACACGUUAUGAACCCUUUCUGGAGCAUGUCUACAAGCUCUGUACGCAAACGAUCUGAUGGUGAAGAAAAGACAUUAACAGGGGAUGUGAAAACCAGUCCUCCACGCACUGCUCCAAAGAAACAGCUGCCUUCUAUUCCCAAAAAUGCUUUGCCCAUAACUAAGCCUUCAUCUCCUGCCCCGGCAACACAGUCAGCAAAUGGCACGCAUGCUUCUUACGGACCUUUCUACCUGGAAUACUCCCUUCUUGCGGAAUUUACCUUGGUUGUGAAGCAGAAGUUACCUGGUGUCUAUGUGCAGCCAUCUUAUCGAUCUGCAUUAAUGUGGUUUGGAGUAAUAUUCAUACGGCAUGGACUUUAUCAAGAUGGUGUAUUUAAGUUUACAGUUUACAUCCCCGAUAACUACCCAGAUGGUGACUGUCCACGUUUGGUGUUUGAUAUUCCCGUCUUUCACCCGCUAGUUGAUCCCACCUCAGGUGAACUGGAUGUGAAGAGAGCAUUUGCAAAAUGGAGGCGGAACCAUAAUCAUAUUUGGCAAGUAUUGAUGUAUGCAAGGAGAGUUUUCUACAAGAUCGAUACAGCAAGCCCCCUGAACCCAGAGGCUGCAGUUCUGUACGAAAAAGAUAUUCAGCUUUUUAAAAGUAAAGUGGUUGACAGUGUUAAGGUGUGCACUGCUCAUUUGUUUGACCAACCUAAAAUAGAAGACCCCUAUGCAAUUAGCUUUUCUCCAUGGAAUCCUUCUGUACAUGAUGAAGCCAGAGAGAAGAUGCUAACUCAGAAAAAGAAGCCUGAAGAACAGCACAAUAAAAGUGUUCACGUUGCUGGCCUGUCAUGGGUAAAGCCUGGCUCAGUACAACCUUUCAGUAAAGAAGAGAAAACGGUAGCAACUUAAGAGCUGGUGAAUCUGGUGCACCGUGCACUUUCCUGCUGGACUUGGGCUAGUAAAGCUGACCAAUGGCAAGGGGGACUCUGCCUGCAGAGUAAAACGGUGUGCGCAGUGACUGGUGUCAGAGUUGUCCGUGUAUGCUUAGGUUCUAACAGCAAGUUCUGGAAACCGCUCUUUACGUAAUGCAUUCCUUCUGUCAGAAGUGUCUUCAGGGUGGUUAUCUAGUUCAGUACUCCAAACUCUUGGGGACCUGGAGGCUUACGCAUUUUUCUGAAUAUAAUGCUAAAGGUAAGUUGCAUUCAUUUAAACUAAUGAAGUAGGCAGAGUUCAGCACUAUCUAAUGAUUUUUAAAUCAGUGGUUUCAGGUGUACAUAUGUUAGGAUAUGGAGAGGAGAUGUAUAGAGAGAGCAGUUUCCUUAGCUUAUUAGCACUUUUAAGUGGAAGAGCAUUUGAACCUCAGUCUUCAGCCUAUUGUGUUACUGAUACACAAACUGCUGUCACUGAGGUACAUGUUAGGUGAGUGAGAAGAAACCAGAACACUUGUUCAUAGUUUUGUUUUUUUUUUAAGCAAAUUACUUAUUGUAUUUUUAUGGCAGGAGGGAGAAAAAGUGUUAAAACGGUUUCUAAUGAAGUCAGAUAUUUAAAUGAUGAAUGACUAAUGUGUUUCGUAGAGACAAUAAACCAAUAAAUGAUU